AUGCCUAGAGACAACCAACCCAACAGCAGCAGCAAAAUAAGUCUCACAAACUGGCUCAAACCAAAGAAAUCGCGCCAGAAACUGCGCAAACGCGGCGCCGGCGCAGAGGGGCCUCUUACAUCUGCUAGUUCGACAACAUUGGCCAGUAUCAAGACUACCACUACACAAUAUUCAUAUGCCAAAGGGUAUGGGGAAGAUAAAGAUGACGUCCCGCCAUUACCACCAAUUGCGCCCCUGCAAGCCCAUAGGGCAAAAUAUCGAGCUCGUAGUGCAGGUCUCGAUACGCAACUGGGCGAAAACGUAGAUUAUACGACGCUACUACAUUCGAUGAGUCUGCAGGAAGGCUUUGAGUCGGAUGAAUCUUAUUAUUAUCUUGCAGAUGAGAAUCGGCCUCGAGGCGAGAAUGGGAUCGCCAGUUUGCCGGGCACAGUGUGGUGCCGUGUUGCGGAUAUGACAGAUGCAAAGACGGCGGUUUGUCUUGCGUUGGCAAACAAGACUUUAUACACCCGCUUGGGUCCAAGGCGAUAUAUGGACCAACUCAAUCAAACUGAAAACCGACAACAAAAACUCGAAUUCUUGGUCCUGCUGGACCGCUUCUUGCCGUAUCACCUCCUCUGCAUACCCUGCGCAACAUAUCAUCGACGCAUCAGAAUCGGCAAUGAGAAACUGCAACCAACGCACGCGCAGGUCCUCAAUCCGGUAUUCAACUGCCCCCAAGAACGCAACGCUAUCAACCCACCGGCUCGGCACCGCAUUGCGCACGGACGGAGUAUCCCAUUCACAUUCGUGCAACUAGCCACCCGCGCGCACCGCUUCAACUCUCCUAAAUACGGCCUCAAACCCGAAUCUCUGGGUCGACGAUGGCGAUACUCCGAAGCCGGAGGCGGGGGCACAUGGAGCAUCUCAACCCGAUUCCACAUCCACGAAAACCGUCUGUUGAUGCGCGUCAUAAGUCAAUGCUUCGCCUCCCCCGGCCUUCCACCAACAGGGAAACGACUGCUCCUCUACAGUCGCGAAGAUUACUGGCCUUUUUUCUCUGCAUGCCCGCACUGGCGGGAUGGGGAGUUGAUGGAUGUAUGCAAAUGCGCAUUAGAUCACAUCCCCGUACCACGCAACACGGCGGGAUUGCAGGGCGUAGAGCACAGACUCAAAGACGCGGUUGCAGGACGCGGGAAGUUUGAUCCGUAUGCUAUCCCGAGUCAGUGUGGGAAAUGUCAGCCUAUGAGGCGGUGUCCGUUGUGUCCGACUGAGUAUCUUGUCGAAGUUAAACUGUCUGAAGACACUACACCAGACCCGAACCCACCCAUUGGUCGCCCUAGUAGUAGCAGCAAAGGAAAGACCGGGGUGAAAUUCAGACACGCCAUCGUGGUCACACGCUGGAGCGACUUGGGCGAUGGCUCAACGCCGUCCUCAGCGAUUGAAUGGGCGGCAUGUAACGGCAACACCGACCUGGAACAAUAUGAUUCCUUCCAGAGGCUAGGCAGAAGGGGGAUAUCAGGGAUAUUUGAAUCGGCAUUUACGCAUGAUACGAUUCCGGGGAGGAGGAUUGUUUCUAUGAAUCCGAAUAAUAAGACGGGCGGGGAGAAGAGGGAUGAUUGGUAUUAA